AUGGUGGUGACACGCUCGCAGAACGGUGAUCGUCCGAUCCCUCCAACUCGGGUGUUCGACGAGCCGCCAGCUUCACCUUCCAUCACCACGGACUCUGUCGCCCCAUCCACGGUGGCGCUUUCCGCGCCAUCGUUCCUGCCAGCCGUAUCCUCCACGGCUACUCCAUCCACGGCCGCACCCGCGGUUUCAUUCCCCCUCGCCGGGCCGUCUGACGCACCGCUCUACCGCCCUAUGGUAGCCGGUCGCGAGACGGGGCCGCGAGGGACCUCCGUCGCCCAUUCCGACGUGUCCUCACGCAUGCGCCUGGCCCAGAUCGCUGCAGAUGAGCAGCUCACCCAGCUGGCGCGAGCUAAGCUUCAGAUCGAACGUAAAGAAAUCGAGCUGCAAGAAGCGCAAGUUCAGCGCCGCCUCGCGCUCGACAUGGAAGAACUGAGCAGCCAAGGCAGUGUCCGCGGUGCGAACAGUGUUUGUGCCGCAGAGGCCUUGGACGACUGGGUGAACCAGACAACAGUUAAUGUUAGUGAACGUCGUGAUGCUAAAUAUUCGCGUCGCGACGCUGAAGUGAGUGACACAGUAAAUGUUAAUGUAACAGUGAGUGAAAGUGAACGUCGCGACGCCGGUGCCCACUAUGUGCGCCGCGACAAUAUUCCUGUGCAUGUGAGUGAAAGUGAACGUCGCGACGCCAGUGCCCACUAUGUGCGCCGCGACAAUAUUCCUGUGCAUGUGAGCGAAAGUGAACGUCGCGACGCCAGUGCCCACUAUGUGCGCCGCGACAAUAUUCCUGUGCAUGUGAGCGAAAGUGAACGUCGCGACGCCAGUGCCCACUAUGUGCGCCGCGACGAUAUUCCAGUGCAUGUGAACGAAAGUGAACGUCGCGACGCCAGUGCCCACUAUGUGCGCCGCGACAAUAUCCCAGUGCUUGUGAAUGACAGUGAACGUCGCGACGCCAGUGCCCACUAUGUGCGCCGCGACGAUGUACCAGUGCCAGUGAAUGUGCGUGAACAUCGUGAGGAGUGUUAUGGUUCCCGCCCCGCCUGUGCUCCACCACUGACUCAAGCCGACGCCGGGCCCAGAAUGGGCUACGCCUCCUACCCCACGUUCCCGCAAGUUUUCCCGGGUGAGUUCCCCACUUUCACUGGUAACGAUGGAGCCGGAGUUGGAUGGCUGCAAUUCCGCGCCGCAGUCACCGACGCAGAAAGGAUGUACGGGCUCACCCGGUAUGAACUUAUUACUAAGCUCCGCCGCUGCAUACGGGGGGAGGCGAGUCGCAAUAUCGACUAUCUGUUGCUGAAGGACGACGCUGACCCGUAUGAGGUACUAUCUUACCUAGAGAUGGAAUACGGAUGUCCGGAGUUUUUCAUAGAUACCGCUCUGACCCGGCUACAUUCCCUGCGCGCACUGAAGGCGCAGGCGUCUUCUAAGGACAUUUCCUCCUUUGCAUCCACCGUGUGUCGUGUAGAGCAUACAUUGAGAACGCAAGACAACGACCACGGCUACCUGACAAACCCUAUCAUGAUGCAGGAUGUAGUGUCGAAACUAGGACCUGAUUUCACCCGGCCCUGGUUCCUCUACUGCGACGCUCAUCGCCAUGAAGGUAAAGCGCGCUUUUCCCUGUUGGCUGAUUUCCUGAAAGAGCAAGCGUCGAUAACGGCGAGAAAUACGGUGUCCGUGAACAACCCGUACUCGGCACUCUUCAAGGCUGCUCCACCGCGUCAGCCUACCCCAGCACGCCAGCCUGCUCCCUUCCGCCAGCCUGCUCCUUACCGCCAACCUGUCCAGUAUCGCCAGCCCGCCCCGUACCACCAGUCGACGCAGCCCCGGGAUUUCAUCGCGGUCGCUGCAGAACAGGUACCGCGCUGUCGCUGCUGCGGUGGCAGCCACGCACUGACUAGAUGCAAGAAGCUGCUGGCAAUGGAAGUCCACCAGAGAUGGGAGUGGAUGAAGGAGUCCAAUCUCUGUUUCCGAUGUCUUGGUGAGAAACACACUCAAGACCAAUGCAAGGCGCCGCAGUGCAACCUCGAUGGCUGCACCCUUCCCCACCACCGACUCCUGCAUGGAAAGUCGCGGGCGCCAACCGCGCCGCCUCCGCUGGCACCCCAGACGUCUGGCCAGACGUCAGCCCAGCCAGAGCCCCGAUCACCACACUCGACAUCCUCACAGUCGAGAAGGUAUAGACGCCGCUCCCGUACGGGGGGAGUCACCUCCCGUGCGCCGGAGAACCAAGUCCCUGGUGUCGCCCCGACAUCAGCUCCGCAGCCCGAGCAAGUAAAUACUGCAUGUUCCUCUUCCCUUCCAAACGUGCUGCUGAAGGUGUGCAAGGUCACCCUGACCGGGCCCUCCGGCAGCGUGGACACUUAUGCGCUGCUGGACGAAGGCUCCACGAUCACCCUGAUCGAUGAAGAACUCGCCGAGGAAAUCGGCGCGACCGGCCCCCAGAAGCCCCUGCGUGUUCGAGGCCUGAAUGCCACCCAAGGUGACUCCAGGAGCCACCUCGUCACCUUCUCCGUACAAGGUACUUCCAACGAAAAGUACCGCAUAGAAGCGCGUACUUUUUCCCGGCUACAGCUGCGGAAGCAAUCCGUGCCGCAAGAGGCCCUGAAUUUUCCCCACCUCCGAGGCAUGGAUGACCUGACCUACGAGGACGCUACACCACGCCUGCUAAUAGGGAUGGACCAGUGGCCGUUGAUGGUUUCACAUGACCUCCGCACCGGCAACAGAGACCAACCAGCCGCCUCCCUUACCCCCCUCGGCUGGAUCGUCCACGGUCUUCUGCCCCGCCGUUUCCUGCAGUCACGAGAGGACACCGUGCUGCACGUCCACACAACUUCUGAGAGUUCCUGCGGUUCCGACCUCCACCUGGAGGCGCUGGUCAGGCACCAUUUCGCUGUGGACGCUCUGGGAGUUGCUGCCUUCCGAAAGGAACUUCCCGAGCACAAGAGAGCUCGGGAGUUGUUCGAGGGGUCGGUGCGACGGGUUGGCGGACGUUUCGAGGUCGGCCUUCCCUGGCGUCGGGAGGGACAGCGCAUGCCGGAGAACUACCAAUCCGCCUUACGUCGACUGCGUGCGAUUGAGCGAAAAAUCGACCGGGAUCCCGUGUUCGGGUCGGCGUAUGAAAAGCAAAUGGAUAACCUCUUCACUAAGGGUUACGCUAUACCUGCCGAUGGCUCAGAGGCCUCUCAUCCCCGCAGGUGGUACCUCCCUCACUUCGCGGUGCACAAUCCUAAUAAGCCCCGAAAGCUGCGUGUGGUGUUCGACGCCGCCGCUACCGCCGGAGGGAUUUCAUUAAACGAUUGUCUCUUGGAAGGCCCGGACCUCUUGCUAUCGCUUCCUGGAGUACUUUUCCGAUUUAGAGAGCUGCCCAUCGCGGUCUGUGCAGACAUAGAAGAAAUGUUUCUGCGCAUUCAAAUCCGGCCAGAGGAUCAGCCUGCACAGAUGUUCCUAUGGAGAGGCAGCGACCGCUCGAGCCCUCCUCGGCAGUUCCGUAUGGCAUCAAUGCUUUUCGGUGCUACCAGUUCCCCGUUCCUGGCCCACAGCGUGCGCAACAGGAAUGCAGAAGACUUUGCGGCCAGCCACCCGUUGGCACACCGGGCCGUAACUCAGAGUCACUACAUGGACGACUUUGUAGACAGCUUUAAUUCCCCCGAAGAAGCAAGAGAAGUAGUGGACCAGUUGAGGCACGUACACGCUCAAGCGGGCUUUAGCUUGAGAAGCUGGAGUAGCAGCGACCCUGCGGUGCUGAGGGACGUGCCAGAGGAGCUCCACGCACGCCAACCCGCUAUGCUGCCUGUCGGUAGUAGCUGCGAUUCCAAGAUCCUGGGACUGCUGUGGGACGCAGCCCGGGACCAACUCGCGUUUUCCACGAGCAUGUGCAGGGUGCCCACUGAAGUACGAGCCCAGACUCGCGCCCCUACGAAGAGGGAGGCGCUGAGCGCAGUUAUGUCCAUUUUCGAUCCCCUGGGCCUACUCAGCCAUUUUUCAAUAACAGCUAAGAUAUUGCUGCAAGAUCUGUGGCGCAUGCGACUCGACUGGGACGAGCCGCUUCCGGAGGAGGAGGCUGCCACGUUCGGGCGGUGGCUCCGUGCCCUGGACGAACUAGAUUCGUUACAGAUUACUAGAUGCUACGACCCGACACAGGGUCACCGGCAGCUGCACGUUUUUUGCGACGCCAGUGAGGUGGCUUACGCCGCUGCCGCGUACUGGCGCGUGGAACACCCCGAUGGCAGCAUCGCCGUAACUCUCGCCGCCGCCAAGUCAAAGGUGGCGCCCAUAAAGGCGCUCAGCAUCCCACGGCUGGAGCUACAAGCGGCGGUGAUUGGGACCCGCCUCGCAGACAUGGUGCAGAGGGAGCACCGCUGGAAGCCAGAGUCCGUCCACUACUGGACCGACUCCAGGACGGUGCUCCAGUGGAUAGCAAAGGACGCCCGUCGCUACUCCCCUUUCGUGGCGCACCGACUCGGAGAGAUCGCCGAGUACACGGACGCAGAGGCCUGGAGGUGGGUACCCACGGCGAUGAAUGUCGCCGACGACGCGACCCGCCCCAAUUUUUCCCCGGGCACGAGCACCAACCGGUGGUUCGUCGGCCCGGACUUCCUCCGGGGACCGGACUCGGAGUGGCCGGCCCCCAUCCAACCAUCAGAAGAGAGCGCGGAGACCUACGCCAGCCAUGCCGUUCCCAUUUCCCCAUACCUUCCCGACAUUUCCCGCAUAUCGCGGUACGAGACUCUGGUGCGGGCCACUGCUGUUGUGCUCGCAUUCCUAGACCGAUGUCGCAAGCGGGCCCAGCAAGUGGAGCUGCGCCACAUCGAGAGGGCCGAGCGGCUGUGGGUGCAGCAGGUGCAGGCGGAGAGCUUCGCCACGGAAAUAGAGUGCCUGCGCCACGGGAGCAGUGGCGGCUGCACCUCAAGUGCGCCCUGCACCACCGGGUAUCUGAGGCACCAGCCGCCACUGCACGGGAGUCCAAUUUCCCCCUCGAGCCGCCUGUUUCACCUGAGCCCAAUCCUGGAGGAUGGUGUGCUGCGGCUGGACGGCCGCAUCUCCGCGGCAACCGCACCCCCUGCCGCCAAGCGGCCCAUCAUCCUAGACGGCCGCCACCUUUUCACCACCCUCCUCGUGCAGCGAGAGCACGAGGCCGCCCAGCACGCUAACAACGAGCGGGUGGUGAACAACCUGCGACAGAAAUAUCACAUCCUACAUCUGAGGCCGACGGUCAAGAGAGUCGCCCGGAGCUGCGCCCGCUGCAUGGUGACGCGCUCCAUGCCCAGAACCCCACCAAUCGGAGACCUGCCGCGUGCCAGGCUGGACCCCUUCACGCGGCCUUUUUCAAACUGUGGGGUGGACUAUUUCGGCCCCAUGGUUGUCACCGUCGGCCGACGACACGAGAAGAGGUGGGGAGCCCUCUUCACCUGCCUCACCACCCGCGCCGUCCAUCUGGAACUGGUGGCCAGCCUUUCGGCGGACUCCGCCAUCAUGGCCCUGCGCCGGAUGGCAGCACGACGCGGAUGGCCGAAGACCAUAUACAGCGACAACGGCACCAAUUUCCGAGGUGCCGACGCCGAGCUGCGGGCCGCCUACGCCGACUGGGAGCCGGCCUUCCAAGAUGAAGCCCUGCGCCACCGGACAGAGUGGCGCUUCAUUCCCCCGGGCGCCCCGAACCAGGGUGGAGCCUGGGAGCGACUGGUUCGCUCCGUCAAGACCGCCCUCAAGGCUGUGCUCCACCAACAAUUUCCCAGGGAGGAGCUGCUGCAAACGCUCCUGGCGGAGGCCGAACACAGCGUCAAUUCCCGGCCGCUGACCCACGUCUCGGUCGAUCUGAGAGAUCCCGAGGCAUUGACCCCCAACCAUUUCCUGUUGGGGUCAUCGGAAGGCCUACCGUCAACCGGACCCUGCCAGCCAACCGACCUGCGCGCCUGGCGACGCGUGCAAGCGCUCGCCGACUCUUUCUGGCGCCGUUGGGUACAGGAGUACCUGCCUACCCUGGUUCCGCGCUCCUCUUCCCCAUCCACGGAGCGCAACCUGCAGGUGGGAGACCUGGUCAUCGUAGUGGACCAUUCCCUGCCACGAAACACCUGGCCCCGAGGCAGAGUGGUAGCCACGUUCCCGGGACCGGAUGGUGCCGUCCGCAGCGCCAGCGUGCAGACGAAGGGAGGAGUUUUCCGGCGGCCAGCCACCCGACUGGCCGUCCUUAAUACAGAAACCGCCCAAGGUGCGAAUUCCCCGCCGUCCUCCAAUUAA